ACCCUUGAGAUUGUCCCAGCGGGUGAGAUUGUCCCAGCGGGUGCUUGACCCUUCCUCAGAUAGUCAGUAAGGCUCAGAACUAGAUGGGCUGUCUGAGAAUAGGAAAUGCUGAAGAAUGUGUCAUGUUAUUCAGGAAGGAACUGCAGAACACUGCCCAGCGCUUCAGCCUGAGUUCUGACUACAGUCACCAUCUUGACCAAGAAUGGCGCGGGCGGUGAAGUGUGCUCAUCUGAUGGUCCUAUCAGUCAUUGGAGUCUUCCUUUCUACAGGACAAGCUGGGGAGGCAUGUGAAUUAAGAACUCUUAGUUCCGAAAUGUUUGCUCCACUGGGAGAAUUGGUUCUGCUCAACUGCACCGUUACCUGUCCUAAUACACCUAUCUGGGAAUCCAGACUAGAGAAGAGGAAUCCACAGAUGGGGCCAACUUGGGCAUCGAUAGAGGUUCUUGUAGAUGACUGGGAGAAAUCUCAACUGGUUUGUUUACAGACAUUAGAUGAUGAAAGCCUAUUAGAAUCAAAGGUGGUGGUCAGGGCUUAUGCACUGCCCACCGAAGUGACAAUAGAUAUGGAUGAAGAGAUGAAGGAGGGAACAGCCCACAAUGUCACCUGCACUGUCUACGACGUGGCUCCAGUGGAGAAUUUACAAAUACAACUGCUCAGAGCCAACACUGUCAUCAAUAGUUCAUUGUUCAAAGAAGAUGGACGACGAGGCAAACAGACGGUAAAGGCCACGUACGAUCUCACAGCUAGUCGUACGGACAAUCUCCAGAACUUCUCCUGUCUGGCCAACUUGGUGGUAACAAGGAGUUUUGCAUUCAGUUCUUCCAGCGUGACUCUAAGGACAUAUGGUCAACCAGAUGUUCCUGUUGUCACCAUUACACCUGACUCAAAUAUUCAGGAAGGAGAGUCCUUUAAUAUAACCUGCCUAUCAGAUGGUUCUCCUAGCCCCGAGUACCACUGGAUAGUCCCUACUGGUGCUGAGGUGACUUACACUCAGAGUAGUUCGAUAAUAUUGGCUACAAGGGCUGGUCUAAGUCAUAAUGGAACCUACACUUGUGUGGCCAGUAAUAAACAUGGACGGGUCACUGCUUCCCAGAAUGUACAGGUUACACCACUAACCAAAGGACUGCCCCGCGGUCGCAUAGGAGACAUAUGUUCCGCAGUUCUUGUUUUUAUCAUAUCUCUUUCCAUCUACUGUAAGACAAGUAUCCAUCUACUGUAA